AUGGCCCCAGACAGACCGGCCUCGUCAGCGCCCGAGCCUGAUGCUGCUGCUGACGCCUCAUCCUCAUCCACAUCCGAAUACCGCUCGGCAUACAAUGAUCUGCGCAGACUGAUUCCCGCGCUGGCGCUGGAGCUGGACCAUUUGCGCGCCGCCCUGCGCGAGCACAAUCUAUGGCUGCAGAGGUACGGACACGCCGCCACGUCAAACUCGGCGACGGACCCGUACGGGCCGCCACCAUCCACAGCAGAGGCAUCGUCGGGCAGCAACACCACCAACAAUGCGGGAGACCCGGAGCUGCCGGCGUACUCGGCCUCGGACGUGCCGCCGUACACGGGAGGACCCAACUCGGUAUCGGCGUCGACGUCGACGCGCGAGGAGGUGCAGCGGCGGCGCGACGAGCUGAUUGAGUGGCUGGGCGAGGGCGAGGACACCCUGCGCGAGUACUCGGCGCGGUUCGCGCAGCUGGGCCGCGAGCUCAACCUCCCGCCCGAGGAUAUCCUGGGCACCUGGAACGAGGCCAGCCCCGACAAUGCCCUGCCCGAUUACGAGCAGGUCGAGACCAACGAGGAGCUCAUGGUCGGUGGGGUCGGGGAAGUGCCGCCGCCGUAUGUCCGGGGUCAAGCAUUGGAGAAGGGUCAGCGGGGAUGA